CACCUGAGAGAUGCUCCAUUGCUCACAGACUGCAUCACCUGAGAGAUGCUCCAUUGCCCACAGAGACUCUAUCACCUGUGAGAUGCUCCAUCCCUUGCGAGACAGCGUUCAACUCACAAGAUGCUCCAGCACUCCUCACAGCCAUUCCCAUGUGGGAUCACCGUGGGGAAGGGACAGUGGGCUUCGUGUCCCUACCGAGGGACAGUGUGCUGGAUGCUCAGGCGUGGGCAGCCUCCUGGGAUGCAGUUUGCGGAGCAGCUGGUGCAGACAGACGGUGCUUCCCAUGCGCCUGCUGUGCCGGGGGCUGGCAGGACACUGAGCUCGUUUGGGAUCAUCUGAGCUAUAGCGAACUUGUCCAUCCGGCCGCCCGCAGCUCCCGCUGCACCGCCCCUGCGGCGGCGGGGAGGGGAUGUCCCUUGCGGGUCCCCUGGGUGCUGUGGGAAGCGCUGGCUCCUCGGCUGCACACGGGGCUGGGAUUGCUGGUGAGGCACGGCCAUGGGGCUGCGGCUCCCGCUGCGCAGGAGCACCAGCUUCACCCCCGACCACCCUGCCCUCAUGGAGAUGCCCGGCCCCACUGCCCUGAAGCUGGAAGCAAACGUCCUCAUCAUGGGAGCAGAUAACGUAGGGAAAUCAGCUCUGACUGUGCGUUUCCUGACCCGACGCUUUAUCGGGGAGUACGGAGACAUGGAAUUCCUCUACAGCCACAAUCUGACCAUGGAUGGCCGAGAGAUUCUCUUCCACAUCUGGGACGUCCCCAAUUCCCAGGAGCAGGCAGAGGAAGGCUCCUCAGAGGAGAAGCGAAUCCAGUGGGCAGACAGCUUUGUCCUGGUCUACAGCAUCUGUGACCGUGCCAGCUUCAACAUCCUGCCCCUCAAAAUCCAGUUCAUCAAAGCGGCCAAGGAGGGGCAGAGCCAGGAGAAGGUGCCCAUUGUCAUUGUGGGCAACAAGCGGGAUCUGCACCACCAGCGGGUGGUGUCCAGCGAGGAGGGCCGGCUCCUGGCCCUCUCUUUAGACUGUGGUUUCUAUGAGGUCUCUGCAGCCGAGGCUUAUCACGGGGCCCUCAUGGUGUUCCAUGGACUGGCCGAGCGCAUCCCUGACACCAAACUGGCACUGAAGAAGGGUACAGGGAUCCGUGGCAUUGUCAAGACCAUGUCGGCUGUGUUUGCCCGUAAGCGAACAGACUCCCUCUGAGCUGCAGCAUGGAUGUUGCUUCUCUCUGUGCUGGACCAAGCCUCCUCCCUUGGUGCCCAUGGAGAUGGUCUGUGUGUUUCCAUAAGUACGUUGGGUUCCUUGCUGUCUUCCUGAUGCCAGGGUCUGGGUGACCUGCCAUACACAGCAGUGCAGCUGGGAACUGUAGUGCCUUAGUGUGGGCUCUGUGAUGGGGCAGUCUCUACCCUUUGCUGUACCAACUUUUUAGGCACCUCCUGCUUUCUCCUUCCAUCCUCCAACACUGGAAACCACAAGGUGAUUUUGACACAACUCCAGGCUGCAGCAUUCCCAGCUUCUUCAGCAGGAGCUGUCAGUGAGCAGGGAGUUCAUGCUGCUUCUGCCUGGCUGCCUGGCUCCUGGUCCCCCAACUCCUACUCUGGGAUCCUUAUUCCUGUUUAAUGUUUGUCAGGGACCUCUGGUACCCCUGGAGCACCCAUGAGCUGGCAAGGUGGGGGGUUCUCUGUCAGGGAGCCACUGGCAGUUUCCACAUGUGCAUCACCACAUUGGGAUGUCCCCAUCACUGGCUGAACCCAGAGGACCUCAGUGGGACCUCAUCCCACCCGCCUUGCUUUAAAACCAUCCUGCUCAUGGUCUUCUCUCCCACAGCCUUUCAGUGCUCGCAGCCAUUUCCCUUGUGCAAGCACCAUACAGACUGUGCCUGGGAAAAGCCAGACGUGUGGCUUGUUCCCAGGACUGGAAUCGCACCGUGCGCCUUCCCAAGCCGCUCCAUCUGUAAGUCUGCCUGUCCCUGGGGAGGGAGGGAGGUGGGGAAAGGGGUCGCUGGGCUCAUAGCCGAACCCUUCUGCUGCUGGGAGGCUUUUCCCUGCCUCUCCCGAAGCCCCUUCCCCUGGGAAGGCUGUGUCAGGACACUGGUGUCUGCUGUGAGAUGCAAUAAAUUGUU